CCAAGGGGUUCGGCAAUUGCGCAUGCGCCUUCUCCUCACACGCAGGGCUAAUACCGGCUGCGACGGCGAGGGCCUGACACCGGCGAGAGCGGAGACACCGGAGCUCAGCGGAACAGCGACAGCCCAGGAGCGCUCAUAGGAGAGACACAAGGCGGCAGUUAACAUGACGAGCUCAGGAAAGGAGAACUCUCGGCUCAAGAGCUACAAGAACAAGUCUCUGAACCCGGACGAGAUGCGGCGAAGGCGAGAAGAGGAGGGGCUACAGCUGCGCAAACAGAAGAGAGAGGAGCAGUUAUUCAAAAGAAGAAAUGUCGCCACCGCAGAUGAAGCGGCCGAAGACGAUGUCAUGUUGGACACCAACGAAGCGGCGACAAAUAAUAUGGAGAUGGCGUCGAGUGGCGUGAUCUCCUCUGACAUGAUAGACAUGAUCUUCUCCAAUAAUCCAGAGCAGCAGCUCGCCGCCACCCAGAAAUUCCGGAAACUCCUGUCUAAAGAGCCUAACCCCCCAAUAGAUGAAGUGAUCGGGGCGCAAGGGGUGGUCGCCAGAUUCGUGGAGUUCCUGAAGAGGAAAGAGAACUGCACAUUACAGUUUGAAGCAGCCUGGGUGUUAACAAACAUCGCCUCGGGGAACUCCCUGCAGACCCGGAUCGUCAUCCAGGCGGGGGCCGUGCCCAUCUUCAUAGAACUGCUCAGCUCCGAGUUUGAAGAUGUGCAGGAGCAGGCGGUGUGGGCUCUGGGGAACAUCGCUGGAGACAGCACCGUGUGCAGGGACUACGUGCUGGACUGCAACAUCCUGCCCCCCCUCUUACAGUUGCUCUCUAAGCAGAACCGCCUCACGAUGACCCGGAACGCAGUUUGGGCGUUGUCUAACCUGUGCCGAGGGAAGAACCCGCCUCCGGACUUUGCCAAGGUCUCUCCAUGUCUGAACGUGCUGUCCUGGCUGCUCUUUGUUAGUGACAUCGACGUCCUCGCUGAUGCCUGCUGGGCGCUCUCUUACCUGUCCGAUGGGCCAAACGAUAAGAUCCAGGCUGUCAUCGAUGCUGGAGUGUGCAGACGAUUGGUGGAGCUCUUACUGCACAGCGACUACAAAGUGGUGUCACCCGCCCUGAGAGCUGUGGGGAAUAUUGUCACCGGAGAUGAUGUCCAGACACAGGUCAUCCUGAACUGUUCGGCGCUGCAGAGUUUACUCCAUUUAUUGAGCAGCCCCAAGGAGUCCAUUAAGAAGGAGGCGUGCUGGACGAUAUCCAACAUCACAGCCGGGAACAGAGCUCAGAUCCAGACGGUGAUAGAAGCCGAUAUCUUCCCGGCUCUUAUUAACAUCCUGCAGACGGCCGAGUUCAGGACCCGGAAGGAAGCCGCAUGGGCAAUAACAAACGCCACGUCUGGGGGCUCCGCAGAACAGAUAAAAUACCUGGUCGAUCUGGGCUGCAUCAAGCCGCUCUGUGACCUUCUAACUGUCAUGGACUCCAAGAUCGUGCAGGUGGCCUUGAAUGGCUUAGAAAAUAUCCUGAGACUAGGCGAGCAGGAAUCAAAGCGGAGCGGAUCUGGCAUAAACCCGUACUGCGCUCUCAUCGAGGAAGCCUAUGGCCUAGACAAGAUUGAGUUCCUGCAGAGCCACGAGAACCAGGAGAUCUACCAGAAGGCGUUCGAUCUGAUUGAGCAUUACUUUGGCACGGAGGAUGAAGACAGCAGUAUUGCCCCCCAAGUAGAUCUCAGCCAGCAGCAGUACAUCUUCCAGCAGCGGGAAGCUCCAGUGGAGAGAUUCCAGCUGUAACCAGACCCGCAGCAUGCCACAGAGCUAGAUGUCCAUCCUCCUCCUCCUCCUCCAUCUGUCUGCGCGUGCGCAGCCUUCUCUUCCCCCUCUUUCCGCUCCUUAAACCUUUCUUUGUUUUCUUCCAUCAGUAUUUUCUUUUUUGGUUUCUGCUCUUCUCCCCCCUUGACUUCUCCUCCUCACUGUGCGCUCUCUUCUCGUUUCCUCUUUGACAUUUGGCGCUGUCAGCGGAGCCGGGACCCCAAGCCUCUGCCUACGCCACCACAGAAUGGCGUCGCCCAUCCGAAUGCUUUAACAUAUCUCCAUUUCACCUCCGACUUCAACUGCAAGAACACAGUGACAAAAAGACCCGACCAACCGCAUACACCCGACAGGACAAAGAAUGGCCUGGACCCAGGAGACCGGUGCUGGGACAUGGGCCCUCCCGAUACGAGCUGCCGGCCCUGAACGUAAGAGAGGGACGAGCUAGAGACUUACUACAUGAGGCGUAACUUCUGCACCGAGAGCUGGGAUCGGCAUCUCUCUCCCUGGAGCGGGUGCUUCAGCUCUCGCCAUGAUCUUCAGGCUGCCUUCAUUUUAUUUUACUUAUUAUUUUGCUACUUUAAACAUUUUUGUGUCUCUUCCCUCGGACCCCAUGAGACUGUGGACGGCUGCUGUCCUUACUUCCUCCCCAGAGACACGACGGACUUUGAAAUUCUUUUUGUGGAGACUUUUCUAGUGACUCUUUAAAUUAAAAAACAUGAAAAAAAAGGACAAAAAAAAAAAGUUCCCCGUCCCCUUUAAAUGGACCUCCUCCAAAAACACACACAAAACAAAUGUGAUGGGACUGAAUCUUUUGCCGCGCGCCACGGAGGCUGUUCCUGAGGGAGGUCUUCACGGGCCAAGCGGCCUCCUGCCCUUCAUCUGUCUGGUUUACAAGAGAAGCCGCUGUAGGUUAGAGUAUAUAUAUAUUUUUAUUUUACGUUGAUGCAGCAAAUUUUUCUUUGCUGUGUAAAUUAUUGCAUUAUUUUAAUGUAAACAUUGUUUAUUGUUCCCGAGGCCAUUUUACAGGUCACAGGGCGGUGACACUAUAGAGACCUAUAUAGAGCAUUUCCCUGACCGGACGCUCCGCACGUCCUCACGGGUCUGGUGCAUUUUCUGGAAUUGCCACAAUGAUUAAACCAUGCUCAUUUCUCUCCA